AAAAAAAAAAAAAGAAAAAGAAAAACACAGACAAAUAACACCAGAGCAAAUGAUAGCUUUACAUUUCCAACAAACUAUUAAAUGACAACUUAAUAAGAAAAACAGAAUAAUGUUGUGAAAUUAAAAACCAUUGAAAAAAGCAGGGUUCUGACUUGAUGUCUUCUGUCAAAUGAAUAGUGACAAUUGUCCCACCAAAACCAGAAGCAAUCCAAAAGAAUCAGAGACAAAUGGAAUAUGGGAUGUAUGAGAUUAGCAUUCACGUUGCAAUCUCUUUGAUUACUUCUUCAUGUAGUGUUGGGCAACAAUUUCCCCUUGGGAUUGAACUUUAUCCUCUAAAUUUGGUUUCUUUUUUUCGUCUGGGUUUCUCUUCAUAAGCUUAGAUUUCAUUUGGGCUGCUCCAAAAUUGGAUGUGCUACCGCAUAUGAUCAGGAAAGUUCAGGACUUUUUCUUUUCUCUUGAAUCUACGGCAUGUGAAUAGAAUCUAAUUUAGUUUUUUCAAUUGCUUUUUGGGACAGUUUUCAGUUGUCUUUAUGCAAAUAGAAGGAUUGUGAUUUUCUUAUCAUGCAUGUUAGUUUUGCGGCCUGCAAUUUGAAGGAUCAUUUGGUCUCUAUAACUUUAAUAUCUGCUACUGAGGUAUCCUGCUUAGGCAUAAUUGGUUACAUUGAUCACAUGCUGGUUGAUAAUUGAUUAUAAGUAGUGACAUUUCGUCCAGAGUUUGUUCUGUUUCCCACAGCAGGUGAUCUAUCUGUGCAAUAUUUAUUUAUUUAUGUUUUUUAUCAAAUUUAUACCAUAUGUGGUAGAUUUGAACUUUUUUAGUCUGCCACUUUGUUUGUCUCAAAUAUAACAUAGAAAAGUAAGUGUUGAGAAAUUCCAUCCUCUGAUGAGCUCAAAAGCUUUCACUGGUAUGUUUCUGGUAUUUAUACCAUCCAUUUUUGCACGAAACUCCCAAAACGCUGUGGUUUCAAUUAUUUCUGACACAACUAGGCUAGUUGCUGAGACAGAUGAGAAUCGUAUAUGUACGUUCAUUAAGCCUACGGAGAGAUGUAACUACAAUCUAUGCCUUUGGAGUUCUUCCUCUCUGCUGAAUUGGUAGCUUCUAAUUUGAUAUCAGCCAAUUUGCAGAUAUUUUUACUGGCACAAUAUAUAAUCUACCCCGUCUUUACCGUGUUUAUAUAAUCUGAGGAUCUUUCUUGCCCGCUGCUGUUGAAUGCUGUACAAGGUUCUAACCUGUUUUCACCAUGUUUACUGGUAAUAAUGAGGCCAACUAAGAUUUAAAUGUCUAUUUAUGGCAAAUUUUUAUUUGAAAAAGUCAAAACUCCUUUUGUGGGAGUCCAUCCCUCCUGUUAUCUGGGUGAUUUCUGAUCAAGAUUUUUUUUUUGAAAAGGUCUGAUCAAGAUUGAGAUCUAACUCAUGAUGCUAUUCCUUUUUUUUUUCUCUCUCUCUCUCCCCACCGGUUCCUCUCUCUCGCUAAAAUGUGAAUAGAAAUGAUGAACUAAUGAAUUUUGGUGUUUUGUUCAUGAUGAAACAUGUAUUUGCCAAUUCACUUUUUGUCAAUUGAAAAGCAAAAGAAAGGAAAAACAGGUGAGUCUCUAUGGCCAAGAAGAGGUUGACAGAGUAUCUUACCUUUUUAUAUGAGGGACAAGGUCAAACAUUAGAAACUCCUUAUUUUGCUGCCAAAACCCGUGUCCUUUUAGCUUUUAGUCUUUUCUCUCCUCCCCUUGUGCCACCAUCUCUCAUCCAAGAUGGUGGCGCAGAACCAACUAUUGAACAUGGCGGAAGAUCGUGUUCUUGUAUGUGUGAGGGAUCCUCCAAAGGUGAAUUCCUUGGGAUUCUUUUCCUCCUAUCACAAACUCAGGGAUCCUUUUGUAUAUUCUUUGCCUGUAUUGGAAUUGCAGUUAGUCCUCAUCUUCGUGCUCACUCAUCUAUUUCAUUCGGCUUUUAAGCGGCUUGGAUUUCCGAAGAUAGUCUCUGAAAUAUCUGUACUAGGAAAACUUUAUUCAACAAGAAAUGGCUGCAACGUGUAUAUGUUGAUAUAUGCUUUCAUGGAAAUGUGAUAGACCUGGGAACCUGUAUAAUAAUAUAUAAUUUUCGUGUGGUGUAGGCCGGCGUAAUACUUGGAUCGACAGUGUUGGGGUGUAAGGAGAGUUAUCAGAGGAUUUUAUUUCCUGCAGCAAGUCAGCGAAUUCUGGGUGCAUUCUGCUCUUUUGGAUACUUGCUUUUCCAAUUCUUGAGUGGAGUCAAAAUGGACACUGGAAUGAUAAGGAAAAUAGGAUCGAAAGCACUAGCAAUUGGGAUUAUAAAUCUAGUAGCACCCUUAAUAAUUGGUUGGGUUACUUUGAAAGCAUUGACAAUUAAUCCAGCAAAGAAGGGGGAUGAUGCCACGCCAAGUCAUAAGUUACUACUGCAGAAUGGGAUGGGCAUUUUGGUAGCCCACUCUAUGACUGCGUUUCCAGUUGUUGCUCUCCUUCUCAAGGAUCUCAAAAUCCUCAACUCAGAGCUUGGUCGAUUGGCUAUGUCCUGCUCUCUGAUCACACACUUGUCACAAGUGACCUUUAACUCAAUUAACUCAUUGUAUUACAUAUAUGUCAGAGAUCAUUGGCGAGCCAUUUCUGAUUUAGUCAUUUGCAUCAGUUUCAUUCUUCUUGUUAUCUAUAUAGUCCAUCCAGCCUUCAUAUGGAUGGUAAAACAGACGCCCGAAGGGAGGCCGGUCAAAGACUUUUAUAUAUUCUUGACUAUUCUUCUUGUCUUCGUUUCUGCUGUGAUCUCUUACUGGUUUGAGCUAGCAGUUCUUUUCGGGCCCUUUAUCGUUGGAUUGGCUGUACCUGAAGGGCCGCCUUUGGGAUCUGCUUUGGUUGAUAAGCUGGAUGCCCUCUCUUCUGGUGUGCUGUUGCCUACAUUCAUCACUCUGGUAACCCUCAGAACAAAUCUAUCACAAAUUAGCUUCUCGAUUCCUCACAUCAUCCUCAUUCUGGUCCCUUUCUCAGCAAAGAUUAUAACAUGUUGCUUGACUGCAUUGUAUUGCAAAAUGCCCUUAAAUGAUGCUGUAGCACUUGGUCUCAUCAUGAGCAUAAAGGGGGUGGUGGAUUUGGCAGCCUACAGCUUUAUCAGAGACGCAGAUAUGAUCGAUCAGUCAACCUUUUCAUUGUUGGUUGUGGCGACAGCAAUCAUUGCAGCUUUUGUGCCUUCUAUGGUUCAGUUGCUUUAUGAUCCUAAGAGGAAAUAUGCAGGAUACCAGAAAAGGAGCAUAAUGCAUUCAAAAAUUGGUGGCAAGUUACCAGUAAUCGCAUGCAUCCAUUCCUCGGACAAUAUUAUGGCUAUCAUCGGGAUACUUGAUGCCUCCACUCCCUCUGUGGAAAAUCCCAUAAUUGUCAAUGCCCUACACUUAAUAGAACUGCGUGGUCGAGCUUCGCCAAUCUUCAUAUCCCAUGAAGUUCAAAAGAAAACACAUUCCAGAGUGUCCUACUCUGAGGAUGUUAUCCUUGCUUUUAAGCAAUACGAAAGGAACAACUGGGGAGCUGUAUCUGUUCGUGUUUUCACAGCCAUUUCACCAAGGAAGUUAAUGCAAGAGGACAUAUCGACACUCGCCCUUAACGUUCUUGCCUCCAUAAUCAUAAUGCCUUUUCACCGAAGAUGGGCUAUUGAUGGAUCAGUUGAAUCUGAAGAUAUCAGUUUGAGGACGUUGAAUCGCCAUGUUCUGGAGAUAGCUCCUUGUUCAGUCGGGAUCUUAGUUGAUGGAAACCAUCUUCGAUGCUCUGCCUCAAUGUCGUCAUCAGCAACGGUUUACUCGGUAGCCGUCAUCUUUGUUGGUGGAAAUGAUGAUCAGGAAGCACUGGCGCUGGCGAAGCGCAUGACCAAAAACAGGAACAUAACUCUCAAGAUUCUGAGAUUUUUUUCUACUGAGGUUGGUAGUCCAAACUUAGAGGAUGAAGUGCUAGACAUCAAGGCAUUGUAUGAUUUCAAGCACCACAGGCUUGGACAAGGCAAUGUUACUUAUGUAGAAGAAGCGGUGAAUGAAAGCUCAGAAUUCGCUUGGAAACUGCGAACCAUCGCAGAUGAAUAUGAUCUGAUUCUAGUGGGAAGAAGUUACAAAAAGGAGUCACCAGUGACCUCAGGGUUUGAGCAAUGGUGCGAUGUUCCAGAAUUAGGGGCCAUUGGUGACUUCUUGGCCUCGAGAGAUCUUCGACGCCAGGCUUCUGUUCUGGUUGUGCAAAAGCAGAAAAUAACUCGUUAG